CCAUUAUCUUAGACAACCCUAAUUAACAUCAAAUGUUUAGUCCUUCGUUAGUUAUCACUUACCACUCUGCAUUCUAUAAAUUAUUAAGUAGAACCACAAGUCUCGUUGCUUCAAUAUCUCCAUAACACGUUUCUCUCUUUCUCUGCUAGCUCUCUCAUCCUUCUCUCUAUAGAUGGAGGGAGUUAGGGUUCCUAUUGCUUGCGCUCUAAUUCUUCUCGCAAUCUCUUCCAUAACUUCUGCCUCCAUUGUGGAACACACCUUCAACGUAAUUCCCUCCUAUCUUCUUCCUCUAAUAUUGAUUUAUGAUGGCAUGUAUUUUAUUAGACCUAUUUAUAGCACUACAUAAAAAACUAGAUAUAUUGUUUUAUUGCCAUUUUGGUUAUUCUUUAUUGGUUUCAAACUUAUAACAAGAUUUUUCUUUGAAAAUAAAAUUCAUGUUUUUAGCAAAUGUUUCGAUUUUAUUUGGUUAAAGGGGUGAAUCUUUUUGGUUUGUUUUGGCAAAAAAUGUGUGAAAUUCAGUAGGAGUUUAUUUUACGAACUAGUAAGACCAUUGACUUACCAAAAAAUAACUAGUAUAGACCAUUGAGGCACUGACCAAGUGAUAUGUAUAUCGCUAACGACGUGAGAGAUAAUUGGAUUUUGCUAGGUACAAAACUUAACGGUGUCUAGGCUGUGCAAACGGCAAGUGAUAACGGUCGUUAACGGAAGCCUGCCUGGACCAACAAUACGCGUCAAGGAGGGUGACUCGCUCGUUAUUCACGUUCUAAACCAUUCCCCUCACAACAUCACAAUUCAUUGGCAUGGGAUCUUCCAUAAACUAACGGUUUGGGCAGAUGGACCGAGUAUGAUAACGCAGUGCCCAAUCCAGCCUGGCCAAAGAUACGCUUACAGAUUCAACAUCACCGGCCAAGAAGGCACCUUGUGGUGGCAUGCACACGCGUCUUUCCUACGCGCCACCGUAUACGGUGCUCUCGUCAUCCGCCCUAAAUCUGGUCACUCUUACCCGUUUCCCAAACCUCACAAAGAAGUUCCCAUCUUAUUUGGUGAAUGGUGGAACACCGAUGUAGUCGCGUUAGAGGAGGCAGCAAUCGCCACCGGAGUUCCUCCAAACAAUUCCGACGCUUAUACGAUCAAUGGCCGUCCCGGAAACCUAUAUCCAUGCUCCAAAGACAGAAUGUUUAGCCUAAACGUGGUGAAAGGAAAGAGAUACUUACUUCGCAUCAUAAACGCGGCCAUGAACAUCCAACUGUUUUUCAAGAUAGCCAAUCACAGACUGACAGUUGUAGCCGCCGACGCAGUCUACACCGCACCUUACGUCACCGACGUCAUUGUCAUCGCACCGGGCCAAACCAUCGACGCCCUUCUCUUCGCCGAUCAGUCCGUCGAUACCUCCUACUACAUGGCAGCUCACCCUUACGCCAGCGCUCCCGCCGUCCCUUUCCCAAACACCACCACCAGAGGCGUCAUUCACUAUGGCGGCGCGUCGAAAACAGGGCGAUCAAAGCCCGUGUUGAUGCCGAAACUACCUUCCUUCUUCGACACGUUAACGGCUUACAGAUUCUACUCCAACCUCACUGCCUUAGUCAAUGGACCUCACUGGGUUCCAGUUCCACGCUACGUGGACGAAGAGAUGCUCGUAACCAUCGGUCUUGGGCUAGAGGCAUGCGCAGAUAACACCACGUGUCCAAAAUUCUCAGCUUCUAUGAGCAAUCACUCUUUCGUGUUACCCAAGAAGCUAUCGAUCUUGGAAGCAGUGUUUCACGACGUUAAAGGGAUUUUCACCGCGGAUUUUCCAGACCAGCCUCCGGUUAAGUUUGAUUACACGAACCCGAACGUAACCCAAACAAACCCGGGACUUUUGUUCACUCAAAAAUCAACUAGCGCCAAGAUUUUGAAAUUCAAUACGACGGUGGAGGUAGUGUUACAGAACCAUGCGCUUAUAGCGGCGGAGAGUCAUCCCAUGCAUCUACAUGGAUUUAAUUUCCAUGUAUUGGCUCAAGGGUUUGGUAAUUAUGACCCGAGCCGUGACCGGAGCAAGUUAAAUCUCGUUGACCCGCAAUCCCGUAACACUUUGGCUGUCCCUGUUGGUGGAUGGGCUGUGAUCCGUUUCACUGCUAAUAAUCCAGGUGCGUGGAUUUUUCAUUGUCAUAUCGAUGUUCACUUACCAUUCGGACUAGGGAUGAUAUUUGUGGUUAAGAACGGACCGACCAAGUCGACCACCUUGCCACCGCCACCACCAGAUCUUCCCAAAUGUUAAGCAAGAUAAAAAAAACAUAUUUCAUCGAAAACAAUAAAAAGAAGAUUAUUUAGAGCAAAGAAGACAAAAAUUUGUCUCUCUGUCUCACAUUUGUUUUGAUGUAGUCGGUAAAGAAAUUGUAUUGUAGUCCAUUCAUAUGUUGUUACCAAUUGUGUGUGCUGUGAGUAAUUUAUAUGAUUUAUUAUUAUUUUUGUCACUUUUACAAGUUUUAAUUUGAUAUUUUUGAAAAGAACGUCACUUGAAC